AUAGCUAUUCCUGAAUAAUGAUUAGAACAGUUCAAGAGUAGUGACUUAAAAACUUCACUGUGCGUGCUGAUCCCCUGGGAUAUUGUUAAAACGCAAGUUCUGAAUCCUCAGUCCAAGGUGGGCCUGCAACAAAAUGGUUCAGCAAGUUCCAGAAAACAUCAAUUUUCCUGCUGAAGAAGAGAAAAUCUUACAGUUCUGGUCUGAAUUUAACUGUUUUCAGGAAUGCUUAAAGCAAUCAAAACAUAAGCCGAAAUUUACGUUCUAUGAUGGGCCUCCUUUUGCAACUGGACUACCUCACUAUGGACAUAUACUUGCAGGGACAAUUAAAGAUAUAGUUACCAGAUAUGCUCACCAGAAUGGGUUUCAUGUUGAGAGAAGAUUUGGAUGGGAUUGUCAUGGCUUACCUGUGGAAUAUGAAAUUGAUAAGACACUGGGAAUCAGAGGACCAGAGGAUGUAGCCAAAAUGGGGAUUGUAGAGUAUAACAAUCAGUGUCGAGCAAUUGUGAUGAGAUAUUCUACUGAGUGGAAGUCCACUGUUACCAGACUUGGCCGAUGGAUUGACUUUGACAAUGACUACAAAACUCUGUAUCCACAAUUCAUGGAAUCUGUCUGGUGGGUCUUCAAGCAGCUCUAUGAUAAAGGCCUUGUGUAUAGAGGAGUGAAAGUCAUGCCUUUCUCCACCGCAUGCAACACUCCACUGUCCAACUUCGAAUCUCACCAGAACUACAAGGAUGUUCAAGACCCUUCAGUGUUUGUAACUUUCCCUUUGGAGGAAGAUGAAAAUGUGUCUUUGGUGGCUUGGACAACCACUCCCUGGACUCUACCUAGUAACCUUGCCUUGUGUGUUAAUCCAGACAUGCAGUAUGUGAAGAUUAAAGAUGUUGUCAGAGGAAAAUUACUCAUUUUAAUGGAAGCCAGAUUAUCAGCCCUCUAUAAAUUGGAGAGUGACUAUGAGAUCCUUGAAAGAUUUCCUGGUACCUGUCUCAAAGGCAAGAAGUACAGGCCCCUGUUUGACUAUUUUGUGCAGUGCAAGGAGAAUGGUGCUUUCACGGUACUUGCUGACAACUACGUGCGGGAGGAGGAGGGCACAGGAGUGGUGCACCAGGCUCCUUACUUCGGUGCUGACGACUAUCGGGUCUGUAUGGACUUCAACAUCAUUCAGAAAGACUCUCCUCCCGUUUGCCCUGUGGACGCUUCAGGCUGUUUCACGGCAGAAGUGACAGAUUUCACAGGACAGUAUGUGAAGGAUGCUGACAAAAACAUCAUCAGGACUCUGAAGGAGAAAGGCCGACUUCUUGUCUCCAGCACCUUCACUCACAGUUACCCCUUCUGCUGGAGGUCAGACACUCCCCUGAUUUACAAAGCCGUGCCCAGCUGGUUCGUGCGGGUGGAGCACAUGGUGGACCAGCUCCUGCGGAACAACGACCUGUGUUACUGGGUCCCAGAGUUUGUGCGAGAAAAGCGAUUUGGAAAUUGGCUGAAAGAUGCACGUGACUGGGCGAUUUCCAGAAACAGAUACUGGGGCACCCCCAUCCCCCUGUGGGUCAGCGAUGACUUUGAGGAGGUAGUAUGCAUUGGAUCAAUGGCAGAACUUGAAGAGCUGUCGGGGGCAAAGAUCGCUGAUCUUCACAGAGAGAGCAUUGAUCAUCUGACCAUCCCUUCCCGCUGUGGGAAGGGAGUGUUGCGUCGCAUCUCUGAAGUGUUUGACUGCUGGUUCGAGAGCGGCAGCAUGCCCUACGCUCAAGUUCAUUAUCCGUUUGAAAACAAGAGGGAGUUUGACGAUGCAUUUCCUGCUGACUUCAUUGCCGAAGGCAUUGACCAGACCAGAGGAUGGUUUUACACCCUGCUGGUGCUGGCCACUGCUCUUUUUGGACAGCCGCCUUUCAGGAACGUGAUUGUGAACGGGCUCGUCCUGGCAAGUGAUGGUCAAAAAAUGAGCAAGCGAAAAAAGAAUUAUCCGGAUCCACUUUCAAUCAUCCAUAAAUAUGGUGCCGACGCCCUCAGACUGUAUCUGAUCAACUCCCCUGUGGUGAGAGCAGAAAACCUUCGAUUUAAGGAGGAGGGUGUGCGUGAUGUCUUGAAGGAUGUGCUGCUCCCUUGGUACAACGCUUACCGCUUCUUCAUCCAGAACGUCCUGAGGCUGCAGAAGGAGGAAGAAACGGAAUUCCUCUACAACGAGAACACAGUUAAAGAAAGUGCCAACAUCACAGACCGGUGGGUCCUGUCUUUCAUGCAGUCGCUGGUUGGGUUCUUCGAGACUGAAAUGGCAGCUUAUAGGCUCUACACGGUGGUGCCUCGCCUGGUCAAGUUUGUGGAUAUCCUAACCAACUGGUACGUCAGGAUGAACCGCAGAAGGCUGAAGGGUGAAAACGGGGUGGAGGACUGUGUUACGGCCCUGGAGACCUUGUUCAGCGUCCUGCUGUCUCUGUGCAGACUGAUGGCCCCCUAUACGCCUUUUCUCACCGAAUUGAUGUACCAGAAUCUAAAGCUGCUGAUCGACCCUGUUUCUGUCCAGGACAAGGACACACACAGCAUCCACUACCUCAUGCUGCCCCAUGUUCGGGAGGAGCUGAUUGACAAGAACACGGAGAGAGCGGUUUCUCGGAUGCAGUCUGUGAUUGAACUUGGGCGAGUGAUUCGAGACCGCAAAACCAUUCCGAUAAAGUAUCCUUUGAAAGAAAUUGUGGUUAUCCAUCGGGAUCCAGAAGCUCUUCGUGAGAUCAAGUCUUUGGAGAAGUAUAUCAUUGAGGAAUUGAACGUCCGAAAGGUUACGCUGUCUACAGAUAAAAACAAGUAUGGCAUUCACCUAAGGGCAGAGCCUGAUCACAUGAUCCUGGGGAAGCGGCUGAAGGGAGCCUUCCCAGCGGUGAUGACGGCCAUCAAGCAGCUGAGCAGCGAGGAACUGGAGCGCUUCCAGGAGAGCGGGACCAUUGUCGUAGAAGGCCAUGAGCUGCAUGAAGAGGACAUCCGCCUCAUGUACACGUUUGAUCAGACAACAGGAGGGACAAUGCAGUAUGAAGCACACUCAGAUGCCCAGGUUUUGGUUCUCUUAGAUGUCACUCCCGACCAGUCAAUGGUGGAUGAAGGAGUGGCUCGGGAGGUCAUCAAUCGCAUCCAGAAACUUCGCAAAAAGUGCAAUCUGGUUCCAACUGAUGAAAUAACAGUUUAUUAUAAAGCAAAAUCUGAAGGGAAGUAUUUGAAUAAUGUUAUCGAAGGCCACACAGAGUUCAUAUUUGCCACCAUAAAGGCUCCCUUGAAACCGUAUCCAGUUCCAACGUCAGAUAAAGUCCUUAUUCAAGAAGAAACACAGUUAAAGGGUUCUGACCUGGAAAUUACAAUCACCAGAGGAUCAUCCCUGCCUGGUCCUGCUUGUGCAUAUGUCAAUCUUAACAUUUGUACAAAUGGCAGUGAGCAAGGUGGAGUAUUACUUCUGGAAAAUCCAAAAGGCGAUAACAGGUUGGACCUUUUAAAGCUGAAGAAUGUUAUUACUAGUAUUUUUGGUGUGAAAGAUAGCGACCUGGCUGUCCUCCAUGGUGCCGCAGAAAUACGAAACCAGACUGACUUACUGAGUCUCAGUGGGAAAACCCUUCGUGUGGCAGCGGGGUCUGCCCCCGCUGUGGUGGACGGCCCCAGCACUGCACUCUGCCGCUACAUCAACCUGCAGCUCCUGAACGCAGGCCCACAAGAGUGUGUAAAGGGAACAGUGGGCACACUCCUUCUGGAAAACCCCCCCGGGCAGAACGGACUCACCCACCAGGGCCUUCUGUAUGAGGCAGCCAAGGUGUUUGGUCUUCGCAGCAGGAAGCUCAAGCUGUUUCUGAAUGAGACUCAGACACACGAAAUUACAGAAGAAAUCCCCAUGAAGACUUUGAACAUGAAGACUGUGUAUGUUUCUGUAUUACCCAUGACAGCAGAAUUCUAACAUCAUAUUCCACGUGACGGAGUCCUUCCCACGCCACAUGCCUGUCCCCUGCACACACGGAAGAUGUUUCCUUCAGGGGCACAUAUGUUUUGCUGCUCUGGGUUCACAGUUGGAAUGGGGGUGAUUCCUCAGGUGACUUGGCGCCUCACAAUAAUACUUACACGUAACCCGCAGCUCCCGCGCAGCCACGGGGAGGGCAGGCUGCACCUCUGCUCACUUCUGCACUUGCACAACAUGGAAGUGAUUUCAGUGGCAGAUUUAUAUAUCAUUCUGUGGCCUUUUCAGACUUGCUUGAGAUGUCUUGAAGGUAUGUGUUAAAUAUUUCUGCUACCUGGAUUUUCCUGGGUAAUUUGAUGGAAUAUUUGAAGUUUAAGUAAAUUAGAACAAUAAAUAAAUUUUCCCUCAGAUAAUAAAUGUAUUAGAAGUAAUUUAUUCUCCCAUAGUCGAAUGAAACCUGAAAUGUGUAAUCUCUAAAGAACACAAAACUUCAUAGUGACCUCGUUAUUAAGACAUAGCUAACCAUCUAAUUUCACUUCUUCCCAAAAUCCUGUGUCAAAGAGGCAGAUGCCAGGACAAAAUCAGCUGCAGAAGUUUUUUGGGGGAAACAAAUGAUGGAUAAAGGGAGGGGGCAGGCUCCUGCGGACAGAGAAGAGGAAGAAGGGAGGGUUGAUUAGAAAAAGCCCAGCCUGCAGGGCAACCUGGGGACGUCUGGGUCAGGCCUGGCUUCCCCAUGGAAAGAGUCCAGAGGUGGGCAGACAAGACCAACUUCGCCCGCCCACCUUAGUCGGUCCGUGGCCGGGCACUGCCAGGGGGCAGCGGCGCAGAUGCCUCAGAGGAUCUGAAGAAGUGCCCUGGCUGGAGGCCAUCCACCAGCUGUGCUCCUGUGUCAGGGUCUCCUGGAGGGGAACGGCAUGGUGUGUCUCUGGCUGCUACAAUUAAUGCAUUUCAACUCCACAAAGUUAGAGGGGAGAAAAAAAGAACAAGUGUGAGUCAGGAUCAUUGGAAUGCCUGUGCACUACUGUUGAGAAUGUGAGAUGUGGCCACUAUGGAAAACUGGAUGGACAUUCCUCAAAAAUGGAAAAAUGUUCUGGGAACCUGGAUGUGUGCCCCAAAGAACUGAAGCCCAGGUCUCGAAGAGAUUCAGCGCCCCAGCUAAACUGCGGUGCUACUCCGUAUCCAGCAUAUACGCACAGUGGACCAGCAUUCAGUGUCUAUGGAGAAGGAUGCGCCUUGGGGCCAUUGUGCCGAAUGAAGCAAGCACGGAGACGAGUGUUCCGAGAUCCCACGUCUGUGAGGUCCCUGGAGGGAUCCAGCAACCAAAGCUGCCCCAGGGAGGGGAAGGGGGACUUGUUCAAUGGGAACGGCUUCAGUUUUACAAGGUGGAGUUCUAGAGGUCUUUCUGCCACUGUGAAUAUAGUUAACACUACCGCAUGGUUCCCAUGAAAGUGGUGAAGUUGGUAAAUGUUAGGUAUCUGUUACCACAAUUUUGAGGUAUUUUUAAUGUCAAAGGGACAGAAGCCGCCCUGAAAGAGCUCCCACUGGCCAAAGCUGGAGCAAUUUGAGCAAGAAAAUAAUUUAGUAU